UUUUUUUUUUCUUUUUUCUUUUUUUUUUUUUUUUUUUAAAGAAGCAUUGAUUCAAUGAACACUUCUUAACUAAAAUGCAAACAAUGAACAAAGACAACCUCAUGAACUUUAAAGUUCUUUCAAGAUACGAUGAUUUGUUUACUGAUAUCUUUUUGGAUAACCUCUAUCUUUGGUUCUCUACCAUCAAAAUGAAUCAUGAUCACCGUAGGCCAAGAGUGCCUAAUACAAAAAUACUAGACAUUAUUCAAAGAGAUAUUCUAGAGAACAAAAAACCACUGGACGCUGUCAAUGAGUUAUUAGCUUUAGAUUAUUUUAAACAUUAUGUUGCUCUCAAGAAUCAAAAGCAAUUACAAGAGUUUAUUCAACACAUGAAACGUUACUUGUACAUGUACAUGCCUAAUGCAGGUUAUGAGAUUGGGGAUACAAGACGGUACGGUGGUAACGGACGUCGUGUAGAAGCAUGUUUAGUAGCUACCAAAGACUGGCAUGUAGGCGAUGAAAUGCGAUUGUUGACUGGCAUGAUUGCCUGUCUAGAUCCAAAGGACGAUGCAGAACUCAAGAAGGGAAAUCGCGACUUUAGUGUCAUGUGGUCUACUCGCAAAAACUGCAGUUGUCUCUUUCUUGGCCCUGCUCGCUUUGCAAACCAUGAUUGUGACUCGAAUUGCAAGUUUAUCUCAUUAGGGCAGAACUCCAUUACAGUCAAAGCCAUCAAAGAAAUCCAAUCAGGAGAAGAAAUCACAGUGUAUUACGGUAAACAUUAUUUUGGAGAAAACAACUGCGAAUGUAAAUGUUCCACUUGCGAAAAGUAA